GAGCAGGGCGCAUGCAGACCGUCAGGCUGUGCAUUCUUGCCGGGGACUAAUUUUCAGUCCUCCACUUGGGUCUGGGUAAACAGCACCGCCCCGAUGGUUGUUUGUUUUAAGUGUGGAGCGAUCCAUCGCACAGCGCCGGGCUCGAUUGACACUGUCUGCUGAUCUGCUACUGCGGAUUGCUCAGAAUAACAAGGCUGCUCGCUAAUUCCCGUCUAUCGGGGCUUUCGGCGAAACAGCGAGAGUAGGGUCCAAAAAAAAGCCAACAAGGCAGGCAAGAACGCCGCGCCGCCGGAGUCCGCACCCCAGAAUGGCUUCAGGAGACCUUUACGAGGUGGAGCGGAUUGUGGACAAGAGGCGGAACAAGAAGGGUAAAUGGGAGUACCUGAUUAGGUGGAAGGGCUAUGGAAGUAAAGAGGACACAUGGGAGCCAGAGCACCACCUACUGCACUGCGAGGAGUUCAUUGACCAGUUCAAUAGCUUGCGACUGCACUCACACAAACGGCCCAAAAUUCCCAAAAAUCGUGGAGGGAACCUCAUUACCAGCCACCCAUCUGCCACAGAAAUCUCCAAAGCUCGGUCUGAGGCCCGAAAGAAGAAAAGUACUUGUGGCCCAGCUGUAGGGGUUAGAGUAGGAACUGUUCUAGGGAUUGGAAGUGGAGGGUCAGGACCCACUCAGAAACAGAGGAAGGUGGGUGUAGGACAUGGGAAGCAUGCUGUAGGGGACAGAAUGAGCAAAGCCAUGACGUACAAGGCUCCUCCAACGGGGGUGCCUCACUUUGCUGCCCCAGUGAGAAACCCUCAUAAUGGACUCCAGAAUGGAGAGAUGGAGCCACUCAUGUACAGGCCGGCGGCAAGGUCACAUAGACCGCCCUCAGACAGAGUGGAGGGGGAACUAGGAGACGUGGAUACCACUGGGCAGCAGUUCACCAGUGAAAUGGGCUCCCCUCUGGCCAAUGGCAAGAUGCAUCUGCACAGCUCAGUAAAGCGGAAGCUGGCUGAGGAGAAAGGCUACGUGUUCGACAAGCGGCUGAGGUACAACGUGCGACAGAACGAGAGCAACUGUCGAUUCAGAGACAUCGUGGUCAGAAAGGAGGAGGGCUUCACGCAUGUCCUGCUCUCCAGCCAAACUACAGACAACAACGCUCUGACACCAGAGAUCAUGAAGGAAGUGUGUCGGGCUCUGGGUAAUGCAGCUGCUGAUGACAGUAAAUUAUUAUUGCUCAGCUCUGUGGGGACUGUUUUCUGCAGUGGCCUGGAGCCGUCCUACCUGAUAGGGCGUCUGUCCACUGACCGCAGAAAAGAGAGCAGCCGCAUCGCAGAUGCUGUACGGGACUUCGUGUUGGCAUUCAUCCACUUCAAGAAACCCAUUGUGGUGGCAAUAAACGGGCCUGCUCUGGGCUUAGGGGCCUCCAUCUUGCCCCUGUGUGAUGUGGUGUGGGCCAGUGAGAGGGCCUGGUUCCAAACUCCAUGUGCAGCCCUCCACCUCACCCCAUCUGGCUGCUCCUCUUACACCUUCCCCCAGAUCCUGGGUGUAGCUCUGGCCAACGAGAUGUUGUUCUGUGGGAGAAAACUCACAGCACAAGAAGCGUGCAGUCGAGGUCUGGUGUCACAGGUCUUCUGGCCAACCACAUUUAACCAAGAAGUGAUGCUACGUGUGAAGGAAAUGGCAUCCUGCAAUGCAGUGGUUUUAGAAGAAUCCAAAUGCCUGGUGAGGAGCAUCAUCAUGUCUGUUCUGGAGGAAGUGAAUGAGAAAGAGUGUCAGAUGCUGAAGCAGCUGUGGUGUUCAACCAAAGGACUAGAGGCACUCUUCAGUUAUCUGCAGAACAAGGCGUAUGAGAAGUGACCAUCCACGGUGAUCUCAAACUGAAGAAGAAGUUGCAUUGAGGGCCUUUGUUUCCAUCCAUCAGCAGAGGGCAACCUGGAGUUGAGUUGGCUUGCAUCUCUACCAACAAUUCCUUCAUGAUCAUCUUUUGUAAAGCAACUUUUUUAUUGGACCCAUAACCGUCCAGAUGUUUAUUCUCUGUUUAAGAAGUCAAAGAGCAAAGGGCCAAAUGUGCAUUGCUGAAAUAAACACUGAAGGAGGUUCUUUAGGGAGGUACAGAGUGUUUCUGUACAAAUGCGAGACUUAAUCAUCAGGAUGUAUCAAAUCAAUGUAUGUCUGAUAGCACAUGAUAAAGUGAUGAUAAUAUAUAUUAAUAUAUAUUUAUUUAAAGUGUGUCAAAGAGUUGCUUUCUGUAUAUAAGAUGCUUUUUUCAGGAUUUCCUUUUAGUUGCUUGUUGUUUUGAGCUGAAGUGUGAACCAAAGUUUGCAUGAGGACAUGGUUUCUUCCUCCUUAACAUGCACAUUCCAUUGUCUCCGUAUGGACUGAAGAAAACUGUUAGAAAAUUGCUCAUAUAUUUCAGCUGAUCAGAGUCGGUGUCUGCUCAAAGCAUGCAAUCUCAUGAGUUACCAUAAAAUAUCACAAAAAACUGACACUUUUCAUUUUAACCGCAUCACACAAUUCAUUGUUCGUAAUGCACAAGUCAUAUUACAAUAGAACCGACAUCUUGUUUUUCAGUAACAUCUUUAUCAUCAUCAUUAUCAUCUCACUUAAGUACAUAAUCACCAACAAUUUGCUUCCAUCACAUUAAAACAGGAUAAAUGCUGUCUGAUGAUACACAUGAAAUGUCAUCCUCAUACUGUCAACAUCCAUUUUCUCUUUAGUUAUUUCAACCUGCAACAAAACAGAUAUGGCAAGAGUUUCAUUUUUAGAGUUUUAUUUAUACACAGGUCAGGAUUUUUCAUUCAAGGGAGACUUGUGUUAAUUUGAGAUACACCCAGUAUUUCCUGCAAAUCAGAAAACGAGAGGAAAUUGAAGUCUCAUGUGAAUGCUAGCACUAAAAAUACAAAUGUGUCCGUUUUUAAUCAAGUGGCAUUUUCGACUGAGUACAAACUGACUUUAGAUGAUUAAAUAAAUUAGUGGCUCAUAUCACAUGGAAGGAUUAGCAAUGGAUUUCAUCCUUGACUUGACUACAUAUAUAGUAGCCUUACAUGCAGUACUGUGGUGUGUCGUUUUCAAGAUGUUGGACGCAUAACAUUGCUUCCAGCUGUCACCGCAGAUCAUUAUUUUGUGAAAUGUGUGAUUUGUUUUUAGUGAAGAAAAAAAAAUCAUAUGAUCAUGUUGAUAUUUCCUGACAGUCAUUUGUUAAUUGUGUAUUGUUUUAGAGCACACAAAAGAGAUGAUUGUUGCUUGGUCCUUAAGUAAAGUCACGUUGUGACUGCACUAAUUGUCACUUAUCAAUAUUGUGGAAAUGCAGCUGUUGUGUAUCUGGAGUCGACGUUGUCCUUAUCUGCAUGUGAUGAUUCAAGGUUUCAAGAAAUUUUAUAUUUUAAUGCGUAUUAUAUUUAGGGAUCUAUUUUGUUUUACCAAAAAAAAUGUAGGUCUGUGAAAAUUGUUUUGUAAAACUCAGAAGAUGUUUGUCCAUUUUUGUAGCUGUACACAUGCAGAACAGAAUAUAGAAAUAAUAUAGACAAUGCUGUUUUGUGUAACUAAUUGCAUGUAAUAUACUGUACAUAUGAAUGUGCUGCCUGUCAGAAUACCUUGUAUUUCAGGGUAGGUUUUGUACCAGCAUUGUAAGUAUUGUUAGAGAUGUUGCAGUUUAUUUUUCUAUUUAUUUGAGAUAACUGUUUGGAUGUGCAGUGCCAUGUGGUUUUCUUUGCUCCAGAGGCACCCCGACUCUCUUUAGUUAUGCAGUAUGUAUAAUUUCAAAACCAAAACUUGUAAACACUAUUGUCACUUGAAUGUUUACCCUUUCAGUAGACAUUCUCAAAUUAAGUUUUUUGUUGUAAAUUAUCCAAGGCAUGCCAGAUAAUUUAAUAUAUAUAGUGUUUUACUGAGGUUAAUAAGUAUGAACAGAUGAUUGAUUAACAAUUUUCAGUCCAUCAGUUUUAUUUGUGGCCAUUGCAGUUUGAUUGCAGGGAAUAAUUUAUGGUUUGAUGAAGCAUUUUCAACAUUUUCAACAAAAACAGCACAUUUCCACUUAUGCCCAUGAAAAAUAACACCUUUGCAGUUGCAUCAUAAUGCAUCUGAUCUUUUCCAAACUUGCCAGAUAUAUAAUUAUCUACAAACAGUGAUUCAGCUCACAAACAUUAAAAGUGCCAUGUUCUCACAGGUAUUUUGGCAGGGUCAUUAGGUGUAAAUAGUUAGAAGUUGUUAGGAUUUUGCGAUUUUUCCCUACAUUCACUUCUUAAUCUAAAUUUAUCGUCUGUUUGGUAUGAGGUUUGAGAAGGACCUGUGUAAAGUGGCUACUGUAGACUGUCACUCAAUGCAAAUUACUCAGAUCCGCUGAGUGUUAAUCACAUUGAUCCACCUUUAUGUAUUUAUUGAUUUAUUUAUUUUUAUUUCUAAAAUAUUACAAAUUCUUUUCAGUGUGUCACCUGAGAUAGAAAAUGUGUUUCUUUGCUUUAAAAAAAUAAUUGUUUAGAAAUUUUGGUUUCCCUUUUAAGCAUUGUUUCCAAAUUCCCACCUCAGCAUGUGUUUGAAGUGUGCUUAAUAAUACAUUUUGAACUAAAUCAGACUACUAAUUAAAACCCCUAGUCAUAUUUGCGCCAUUAUUUAUUACGAAUGACAGCGAUUUCGACGGGUUUGUGUGUUUUCGUCUUGUAUAACCACAAUAUCAUGUUUUGUCCCGUGUACAGUAUGUGUAUUUCACCAUUCAUGUUUUUCUUCCCCCCAUUGUCUCAAAGCACACCCUGGGGUGCCUUACAAUUUUACUAUCUGUCAGAUUGAUCCAUACAUUGUGAUGGAUAGAGUGAGCUGCUUCAAAUAAAGACACAGUACUUUCA